CUCACGGUGGAAUCCUCACUCGCACCCCAGUACUCGGUGGUGAACUGAAGGUGAGAUUCCUUCCUGAGCGAAGGACGAGCGGGAGCUACGGCACAGACUUUGCGUUUCAUUUCUUUCACCGGAUUUUCGUGAGCGCAAACUGUGAGCCGAACGGGCGCAGAUCGAGGCAUGAAGGCUUGGUUGAUAUGGUUGUCUCUUCUGUUGGUCGUCCUGGCCGAUAGAAGUUUCGCCAGUCCCGUCGACGAUGGUGAAGAUGUAGACUACCUUCAAGGUGACGACCUCUCGGAAUAUCCUUCAGACAACGCUUUGGAAAAUCUGUUGCGAGUGGCACAAAAACGUACCUCGUCGAUAAACUUGUUUAGGCGGGCCUGCAUAAGGCGCGGCGGCGAUUGUUACCACCGGCGGAAGGACUGCUGCUACAGCUCUAGCUGCCGCUGCAAUCUCUGGGGUUCUAAUUGCCAGUGUCAACGGAUGGGUCUCUUUCAGAAGUGGGGCUAAAUAUCCUACCCCCUCCCCCCAUCCCUCACCCCACCGCCUCCUCCUCCUGCCCUCGAAUCUCCCUAUAGUCACGCGUAUUGUUUCCCCAUUAUAUUUUUUUCCCCCCUUCUUUCUCUUUUCGCUAUCCUCUUUUUGCUGGCCUUCCAGUUCCCUCUGGAGGACGACUAUCACCCGAUAGUAAUGCCCCCCUCGAGCACACUCGAACGUUCCUUCCGUUGUAAUUUAACCCACUCGAUGUAUCUGUCCCGUGGGAACGAUUCCAACGUCUUCGAGUCUUGCGAUUUCGCAUUCUUCUGAACAAAACGAAGGCCUCGAUGAUACGCUUUAACAUCCCUUUUGUUUUUCGGGCAUUUCUUAGAUUUCUUUUUUUUUUUUUCGUGUUUUUUUCAGUAGAAAGAGACACGAGUGGAUUCAUUAAGCUUGCGGUAUCACGACUGGCAAAAAUGCUUGCAAAAAUGUUGUCGCUCGGAAGCGAUUUACAUUCCUCUACGACAGAGCCCAUAGGUCCAGUCUCUUUCAACACAAUUUUUCAUGACUACCUCUACGCGCGAAUCUCGAUGCUCAGGAUCAACCGCGCCGUCUAAUCGAGAUGCUUAACGAUUCCCUCCCCCCGUCUCUUUCUAGCUCGUAGCUCUGAUUUAAAAAAAAAAAAUGUAGGUAAUGCGAAAAGUAUAAAUUAAUUUGCAAUAAUUUAACUUCAGUGCGAUUGAUCCUUAUUGAAAAACAUCGCGCGCAUGUGUGCACAAAAUAUCUUGCAAGUUGUCAAAUGCAAUGUUGUUUUAAACCCGAUAUUUAUUAUAUUUAUUUGUGUCUUAAAUGUAUUUUAUUCUUUUAUAUUUCCCCUCAAUGUUUCUCUCUCCCUAAAUCCCCCUCACCCCUGGGUUUCACGCCGUUUCUUCUUCAUCAACGAAGGUCGUCGAAUUGGAGCCAGAGAUGCACAUUAUGGCGAAUAAUGCACACUGCAUUCGAAGGACCUUGAAUCACACUAAUCGAUCGAUUCCUUCGGCUGCAGCUCAUCGGAGCUUCCGGAUAAAACGCGCGAGAAAUAGAAAGGACAAAUUGUAACUAUUAUUUCCCCGUUUUGUCUCGCUGCUAGCGAAAUAAGUUCUAAAUAGUGCUCAAUAAAAUUACAAAGCUUCAGCGGAAUAUGAUAUAAUUGUCCUCUCUAAAAUUUCUGCAUCUAAUCUUUUCGAGUAAGUUCUGACGCCUACGUAAAAUAUAUGUAAAUGCAACAAAGUUGAAAAUUGCAUUUAUUUCGUGACGACAAUCCUUCACGGCAAUUUCCCAUUUACACUUUCUGCAUUAAAACUUAAAGCUUUUAAUUUGAUAACAAUAUAAGGUAUUAUAAAAAGUUACACGUGGGAAUUAAUAACGUUUAUAUUAACGAACCGUUUCGAAUAUAAUUAGUUUGGAUUCUCGCGCAUCGCGGCACUUCCUUCGGCGGCCCUUCUGGAUUUUCAAAAAUUAAACUGCAAAAGCUCUAGAAAGAUUAAUUCCCGUUGUCAUUGAAAAUUAUAAAGAAUUCUAACGAUAUUUAUUACAAAAAUAUGACUUCUUCGAGUUAAACCGAGUCAGACUCAAUUCUCGUGUUUUCGGGACUUCACAAUCCUCCUGGACAGGACAAGAAAAAAAUUGAAGACACAUUAGUGCAUGAAAAGAUACGCGAUAAAUUGUGGGAAUUACUGCCCUCUGAUUGGAGAUAUCUUUCCGGCCACUUUCGCCAAUCAGAUCGUCAGUUUUUCCUUAACCCAUUAUUAGUCAUUUUGUCGAGGAUGAUUGCGAAUAAUCAAUAGGAUAAUUAAAAUUGGUGUAAACGACCGAGAUUUCUUCCAAUCGAUUACGAAUAUAAUAAUCAAGAGGAUGCGACAUUAUUGUAUAAUAAUGAACAGAGAUUGAUAAUUAAUAUGUAUAUGUGUCUAAAACGGCGGCAAAUUGAUCUAAAAGCGUACCUUGAUGAUACGUAUAGGUACAGAUGAUCCGCAUUUACAUUUUCUCCAUAUCGCAUUUUAAACUUUAAACGUAUUACCUACAUGUAUGACUAUAAAAGAAAUACUACAAUAAUAGAUGUUUAUGCAUUGUAUUUGAAGGUGGAUGUACACGUACCGAUAUAUCAUGAAAAUAUAAUAUAUAUAUUAUAUAUGUACACGCGAAAUGUGUGUAAUUCUAUUUUAUUAUGCGGACCUUUAUCGUUGAUAAUUUAUUUUGCGAUUUAUUUUCAUUUUCAUAAAGCGUACUUUAUAUCUCAUUCAAGCUGGCUAAAUGUACAAAUUAACGCUUUUCCCCCGAGUUAAGCGCUAGUGCAAGACAAUUAAUGUUGAAGACUUUCGUGUCUUAAGGCUGUUGAGACUUUGAACGUUCAAUUUUAAAUCGUCCAUAUUUUGAUCAAUGAUAAAAAUUAUAAAUUUAUUUAGAAACGCGAAAUAAAAAGAUAUGAACA